AUGACUAAAGAGACGGCUAGAGGUGAUAGAUCUCAGAAGAAAAAAUCCAGAAAGUAUGAAGAAGAGAGCUCUGAGACUGAGUACGGCACGUCAGCCAAUGGCAAAGGACCUGCGAACGUUCCCAAAAGCCGUGUGUUGACAAAGGAUGAAGUUCUUUUGAAUGCCAGCACACUAUUCGUCGCAGGGCAUGACACGCUGUCUACUUCUUUAAGUUACGUGACGUAUCUUCUGGCAAAGCAUCAGGACAUUCAGAACAGAGUCCGGAAAGAAAUCAACGAUGCCACUUCUAGUACUGAAGAGUUAGACUAUGAAACUGUUACAAGGAAGCUGCCCUACCUUAGUCAAGUUGUAAGCGAGGCUCUCCGCUUGUACGCACCAGUACUGACGUUCGUAUCGCGGAAAGCUAUCGACGACUUUGAGUACAAAGGCAUUCAUUACAAGGCCGGCACGUGCUUUAUGUCUCCGACGCUACAAAUCCACAGGGACGCGCGUUACUGGCCUGACCCUCUGGAACUUUGAUCCGGAAAGAUUUGCUCCGGAAAAUGAGGGCAGCUACCACAAGGUGGCGUACCAGGCCUUCGGCCUGGGACCACGCAAUUGCCUCGGGCAGCGCAUGGGAUACGUGGCGCUCAAUUUAACACUAGCGCGCUUGGUUCAACAAUUUCAUCUGGAGCUGGGCCCUUCGCAGGGAGAGGAACCUCUCGACAUCGAUUGCCGGGCCGUGGUGUCAGAACCAGCCGUUGGCCCCUGGAUUGUCUUUAGGAGGACAUGAGCGUCGUAGCAGGGAUUAAGCAUAUAUGCUAGAGCAAGGAAAGGAGGAGGAGAGAUUGAUGAAAGAAAA